UUGUUUUGAGAUAUUGAAGGUCUGAUAAUGGCUGUAAAAGAACUGACAUUUAUUAUUGUGGUGUGCUCUUGUAUUGUCUGUACUACUGAGGUUGAAUUCUUCACUUCGACAGAUAAAAUUUCAGAACUUUUUAACGAGGAGGAAUUCCUUCUGAAGACCUUCAGAUUGUACAUUGAUUCUGAAGAAGAAAAUGUAAAGAUAAUGAAAAGGCUUCUUCUGCUGCUUCAGCUGGGCUCAUACUUAGACCCAGAUGACCCUGAGAAAAUCAAAGACCCAGUGGCAGCUUAUAAACUCAUCAGACGAGUGAGGACAGAAUGGAUAAACAUUGUUGAUUACACUCAACGGAGCCUUUAUCAAUUGUAUCAGACAGUGCUGAAAUAUGCACAGAUCCCACAGCUGAAGGAUUUGGAUGGUGCCGCUUCAGGACUGAUCCGACUGCAAGAGAUCUACAAACUCUACCCACACAACAUCACAAAGGAAAUGGCUCUAAAUGCAGAUGAAGCCUACCAUGUGGGGUUGGUCGCUUAUAACGAGGACAAAUUCCAGCAUGCUUUUCACUGGUUUCUGUACAGUGUGGACAGCUUAACACAAUACUCAAAUACUACUAAGGAAAAUCUGCUCCUCUACCUAAGUCUAUCUGCCUAUCAUUUUGGCAGCCUACCUGUGGCAAUCUACUUCGGCCAACAGCUUCUAAAUCUGGACCCAACGAACGAGGAAAUCAAAGUUCUGCUGGACCUUUUCAGACGCCUUCGCUUCCAGAGAUCGUCAAACCCUGACAUAUUCACACUGAACAAAGAGUCAAGUAAAUUUGAGACACUGUGCAGAGGAGAGGUCGAUGAGAGGACCUCCAAGAGGCAGAGGGCGCUGUCCUGUAGGUACAGCACAGGUGGAGGAAACCCCAGACUGAUGUAUCCACCAGUGAAAGAGGAAGUGGAGUGGGACGAGCCUCGAAUCAUCAGAUAUCAUGACAUUAUUUCAGACAGAGAGAUAGAGAUCCUGAAGAACAUCUCUAGACCUCUACUUUCUAGGUCCUUGACUACAGAGGGAGUGUCGAAGGAUCGUACUUCUCAAGGUGUUUUUCUGAUGGAAGACAAUAUUGUGGUUGCUCGUAUCAGCCAGCGGAUAGAAAACAUCACAGGACUCUCCAAGAAAUCAGCUGAAAGCCUAUUUGUUCAGAAUUAUGGGAUUGGAGGCAGAUAUGAACCACAUUAUGAUGAAUUGGGUUAUGAGAAUGGAAGGAUUGCUACGUUCUUAAUUUAUAUGAGUGAUGUGGAGAUAGGGGGCGCCACUGUGUUCCCUGAUGUUGGCGUUGUAUUGAAACCAAAAAAGGGUUCCGCCGUGUUUUGGUUCAACCUCCGCAAGAAUGGAAAUGUGGAUUUAAAUACAAAACAUGCUGGAUGCCCUGUGUUAAGGGGUAACAAGUGGGUGGCUAAUAAAUGGAUCCAUGUGUUUGGACAAGAGUUCAGGAGACCCUGUUCUUUGUCAUACUUGGAGUGAAAGACACAGACCAUGGAGAAAUCAUAUGAAGUGUAUCUGUACUAUAGAAGUAUGUGUUAUUUUUAUUAUGUACCAUGUAAGUUUUGUAUAUAGGAUCUGUAACACAGAUAGAUACUACUGUAUUCAUUUAACAGUGAUUUACUAAUCUCUAGGUG